AUGACCAUGCAGAAUUUCUGUCGUGGAUGUGGCCAUACAUUACAGUCAUUAAAUCCAAAAGCUGGCGGAUUCAAACGCUCGCUCAAACCUUCAGUUUUACAUCUGAGCCCUCAGACUUCAAGAUGGAAUUCUCGGAGAAAUGAACAAAGUAUCUUUGAAGGUUCAUUCUCCAAGUUAGAUCCUAAAUUUCAAAAGCUUUUUCCUAAAACACCUUCAGUUCCUAUUGCUAAAGAGAAAACCUUUAAUACUCAUCUGUGGUGUCAAAGAUGUCACGAUAUAAAGUUUUACAAUCGCUUUCAACAAGAAGAUUUGUUGCAGGAGCCUACAGCCACGCUGACUGAAGUCAUAAAGGGUAUAAAUGCUGAUCCGAAAACCGCUCUGGUUCUUCAAAUUACCGAUGUUAGUGAUCUUAACCCCGAUCACUUUAUCUCAGCUAAAACGCUGACGGAUUUCCCUGUAUUUCAUGUUUUUAGCCAUGUUGAUACUCUCCCUCGUCCUAAUGCAUCUUGGUUAUUCCAGGCACUUGGUUUGGUUCCCGAAAACGCGAUGCUACUAACAGCACGUGGAAGCCCUACAGAAACUAUGAAGGAACUUCUUACAAAUAUCCAGCGGUUACUUACGCCAGGUGGUCAUGUAUACAUAAUUGGGGAAGCAAACUCUGGUAAAUCCAGUCUUAUUCAAAGCUUUGCUCAGUAUGGAAAUGGUUUGGUGAAAGAAUUAUCAAUGGAAAGUUUUAUUCCAGGAACGACAUUAAAAUCUAUGCCUUUUUCGGCUUCAAGUUUUGGAAGUACCUUUACUGGUCUAAAAGAUGGCAAAGUGAUAGAUACCCCAGGGUAUUCAGGAACGUUAGGGUCUUUAUUACCUUGGAUAGACUCGAAAAUAUUUAAAGAGCUGGUUCCUAAAGUCCGUUCACGCAAAAAGCAGCUUCAAUCCAAACCACUUCAGGUGCCGAUUUACUCUGCCCAGAGUAUUUUAUUUGGAGGCCUUGUUCGUGUUACACCAAUGGAAAUUUCAGCUGAGGAAUUCGUCGACAUGGAGCAAAGACAAGUCCAAAAAAACCAAAAAAUAAACCUACCGUCCAAUGACAAAGGUGUCUCUUCAUUUCAUAUUCCUCCUUAUAUUUCCCACCCAGAUUAUAAUGAGCCCUUGCUGGCUAAAAUUUUUACUAAAAUACCUUUUCACAUCAGCAGCACGGAGAAAAUAAAAAAACUCGAGCAGAAAUGUUCAGAGAACUCUGCGAUACAGCUCGUCACUCGUGCACCCAGUAAGCUACUGCCUUCGUUUCUCACAUAUAUACAACCCAAAAAACUUCACUCACAUGUGUAUGACUCUUUCUCGAAUGGAGAAUUAUUAAUUCACAAUUUUGGUUUCGUUUCCUUUGAUACUCCUCGGCCGUUCAAACUACUUAUUGAAGCUGUGAAUCCUCUGGCUGUAUCAUGGAGACCUUCAUCUUACAUAUUGGAGACCCCAAAGUCAGCUUCCUGA